AUGGGAGUGCCUGCUCGUGGAGUAUUGGCAACAUUCGUAGCAGCUGCUGCGUUUGCUAUUUACAGUAACAGCUUAGGUUGUGGAUUUGUAUUUGAUGAUAUUUCUGCGAUCAAAGAUAAUCGUGAUUUGAGACCACAUACACCCCUUAGAAAUGUUUUUUACAAUGAUUUUUGGGGUACACCAAUGUACAAGGAACAAUCGCACAAGUCGUACAGACCAUUUUGCGUUCUUACAUUUCGUUGGAAUUACCUGAUCCACCAAUUAGAUCCAAUGGGAUAUCAUUUAUUAAAUGUUAUACUACAUGUUGCUGUUUGUAUACUUUAUUUCAGAACCUGUCUGAUGUUUUUAUCAGACUUGGCAAGUUUUGUAUCGGCAUUACUAUUUGCCGUACAUCCAGUGCACACAGAAGCCGUAACCGGUGUUGUAGGAAGAGCUGAAACACUGUCUUCCCUUUUUUAUUUAGGUGCCUUUAUUAUGUACACAAAGGCUUGUAAAAGCAAACGUACUACAGCCUGGAGACCAAUGAUGAUGUCAAUGCUUUGUGUAUUUAUUGCAAUGUUGUGCAAAGAGCAAGGAAUUACUGCAACAGCAGUGUGUGUUGUGUAUGAAAUAUUUGUUGUCCAAAAAGUAAAAGCAAUAGACAUAUUCUUAACAAUAAAAUCGGCAUUCGGAGGUAAUAAAAUAAAUCCAACGUGGUCUGGUGAGGGUACUAAACGUUUAGCAGCAUUAACACUUGUUACAUUUAGUCUCCUAAUAUUAAGAUUAAAUGUUAUGGGUUCACGUUUACCAGUAUUUACAAGAUUCGACAAUCCUGCGUCUGUAGCACCAACUCCAACGCGACAAUUAACGUACAAUUACUUAGCAGCUGUUAAUUUAAGACUAUUAUUUUUACCGAGUGAUUUAUGCUGUGAUUGGACGAUGGGUACAAUACCAUUAAUUGAAAGUUUGUUAGAUAUACGUAAUUUAGCAACGUUAGCGGCACACGGAAUGAUUAUUGGACUAUUGAUUGUCGCAAUAUUAACACGUAAUCGUAAAACGUCAAUCAUUAUUAUAAUAAGUUUAGCAUUGAUGAUCCUGCCAUUUCUACCAGCGUCAAAUCUAUUUUUUCCUGUUGGCUUCGUUAUUGCUGAACGAGUUCUUUACGCUCCGUCGAUGGGUUUUUGUAUGCUUGUUGGUCAUGGAUGGAGUGUUCUUUCUGAAAAGAGAUAUUCAAAACUAUCAACUAUCUUACUAAUUAUUUUACUACUGUCUCAUUCAGUAAAAACAUUUGUACGGAACAAUGACUGGGUUGAUGAAUACUCAAUUUUUAUGUCAGGUCUUAAAGUAAACGUACAAAAUGCAAAGUUGUUUAAUAAUGUUGGCCAUGCAUUAGAAAGCCAAAGUCGGUACAAAGAAGCCUUGGAUUAUUUCAACGAAGCAGUUAGGGUACAAGGCGACGACAUAGGCGCUCACAUAAACGUCGGAAGAACAUAUAAUCAUCUUAAAAUGUUCAAAGAAGCGGAAGACGCUUAUCUCAAGGCUAAGUCGCUGUUGCCAAAAGCAAAGCCUGGAGAAUCUUACCAGGCACGUAUAGCGCCCAACCAUCUUAAUGUUUUUGUCAAUUUGGCUAAUUUAAUAGCCAAAAAUUCAACGCGUUUGGAAGAAGCUGACUUGCUUUACAGACAGGCUAUCAGUAUGCGGGCUGAUUACACUCAGGCGUAUAUUAAUCGCGGUGAUGUUUUGAUUAAAAUGAAUCGAACUAAAGAAGCGCAAGAAGUUUAUGAACGCGCGCUUUUUUAUGAUAGUAAUAAUCCAGAUAUCUAUUACAAUUUGGGUGUUGUAUUUCUGGAACAAGGAAAAGCGUCACAAGCAUUAGCAUACUUGGACAAGGCUCUUGAAUUUGAUCCGGAACACGAGCAAGCUUUAUUAAAUUCAGCGAUAUUGUUACAAGAACUAGGUCGCGAAGAAUUGAGAAAAGUUGCUCGUGAACGGCUUCUUAAAUUGCUUAGAAAGGAUCCCAACAACGAGCGUCUACAUUUCAAUUUAGGAAUGCUCGCAAUGGAUGAUCAUGAUGUCGCAAGUGCCGAGCGAUGGUUUAAAAAUGCUGUUGCGCUUAAAGAAGACUUUAGAUCGGCGCUAUUUAAUCUAGCGCUACUGCUUGCUGAAGAACAACGUCCACUUGAGGCAGUUACGUUUCUAAAUCAGCUUGUUAGAUUUCAUCCAGAUCAUAUAAAAGGUCUUAUACUUCUUGGCGACAUCUACAUUAACAAUCUCAAAGACUUCAAUGCUGCAGAGAAUUGUUACAGAAAAAUUUUGCAGUUAGACCCUAAAAACAUUCAAGGCUUACACAAUCUUUGCGUGGUUAUGGUGGAACGAGGGCAACUCUAUCUAGCAGCACAGUGCUUGGAAAAAGCUGCGGCAAUGGCUCCGGAACAAGAUUAUAUUCGUAAACAUCUGUCGAUCGUUAAGUCUAGGUUAAAUCGUCUUCCGCCGGAACAACGUGAUACGGGUGAAGUUUUCGAUGAUUCUUUUUUGAACGUCGAUGAUCUCGAACAUGAUAAUUUGGAAGCUGGAGAAAGAUCCGGACAGUUUACUGGAAAAUCAGAUGCUGUUUUUUUGAAUCACGGUUCUGUGCAUCAUCAUGUUAAUAAUCUUAAUAAUAAUAAUAAUAAUAAUAAUAAUAAUAAUAAUAAUAAUAAUAAUAAUAUUGAUAAUAACCGUAAUAGUAAUAAUAAUAAUAAUAAUAAUAAUAAUAAUAAUAAUCUUAUUAAUGGUCCUAAUAAUAUUAACGGACCAUCAAGUAUUCCCAAACAAACGCAUGUCCAUGGUAAUAUAUUAAGCACAAAAGAAGAGAGACUGACUUAA